AUGUCUCGCCUCAUCCUUCUGAUCUUGCCCUGGGUCCUGGGCACCGGGAGCCCAGACGUAAUGAUGGUGGACGCAGACGUCUCUCUCCUGGAGCGGGCGCUCGGUCCGGGUGAAAAGGAGGACACUUUAAAUGAGAUGUUCAAGGAAGUGGAAGAGCUGAUGAGGGACACUCAGACCAAGCUGAAGAACGCGGUCGACGAGAUGGAGGCAGAGAACGCGUCAGCGGGAAGAUUCCUCAGCCUGAAACUCAACGAUUUGCCCCCAAACUAUCGCAACGAAUCCGUAACCGAGACUAAAGAGGGGAAUCGCAGCGUGACCAUCCGGCAGGAUAUCGCUAAGGAAACCGAUAACAAAACUGGAGCCACAUCGUACUUCCUGAGUGUCAUCACGUCAGUGAGGGAGAAGAAAAGCCACGAGUGCGUGGCGCGCGAGGACUGCGGGGAGAGGAGUUACUGCGAUUUUUCUCACAGGAAGUACAAAUGUCUGCCGUGCAAAGAGUCCGGAAAGUGCACUCAAGCUGGUGAGUGCUGCGAAGGACAGCUGUGUGUCUGGGGACAAUGCGCCAAAUCUACGCGGGGGCAAAACGGCACCAUCUGCGAGGGGCAAAAGGACUGCGCUGCCGGCCUCUGCUGCACCACCCAGCACGGUCUGCCAUAUGCAGUUUGUGCCCCGUUGCCGGUGAAAGGCGAUCCCUGCGAUUACCUGGAAGGUAUCCGCUCCGGCCUCUGGAACCUAGAACCCGGUGAGAUGCUGGACCGCUGCCCGUGUUCCACCGGACUCACCUGCCAGCUUCAAAGCCACGCGUUGGAGGCGUUCUGCGAAGAGUCCCCAGAAAAUGACUACAGAGACGAGACGGCGGAUCCCCUGGGGCCGGAUAUCGGGGUCAGCAGCUCUGCCCUGCACGAUGACCUGAUGGGGAGCGAGGGUCCAUAACGCCGUCGCCCCACGCCGAGAAUAACCCAACCAAGCAGACGAGACGCGCUCCGAUAGAGAAAGCGCUCGUCCCAUACACCUUCGACGCCUUAAUCGCCCCUUUAUUGCCAACGCUGCACUUAUUAAAUACAUUAUAUUAUACACUAUAAUCUUAUUUUAAUAAAAUGUAUAUAUUUUCCUCAUGAUUAGAAUAAGAUGGGGUUACGUAUUAAAUAAAAACAAAAAGUCUGCUUAUUGUUGCCUAGUGCCGAUGUACGAAUGGAAGGCCAGCUGGUUGCUAUGGAGAUAAGACCACUUUUAAAACGUUGCACCAGAAUUUUUUGUGAAUAACCCUCUAUAUGUCAUUUAAAUACCCCCCUAGCGUUGCAAUGUUUUCUGCCGGAGACGCAGAGCGAUUCUUAUUACGCCGGCUGGGAGUGCAAUAAAUCAGAUUCACCUAAACCCUG